AUGUCGAAUCGUCACCUCUUCCACUCCCCAGACGGACUCGUCACCAAGGCUAUUAGAGGAAUUAUCUCUUAUAACCCUUUACUCUCAUUAGAUGAGGCCAAUCGAGUAGUAUUCGACACGGCCUAUAACAAAUCCAAUGUUUCGAUAGUCAGUGGCGGAGGUUCUGGCCACGAACCUGCCUGGUCCGGCUAUGUUGGCGAAAACCUGCUUGCUGCUUCGGUGGCCGGUGACAUCUUCGCCUCCCCCAGCACAAAACAGAUCGUCUCCGCCAUUGAUAGAGUACCUUCGGAAAAAGGAACGAUAUUAGUCAUUACCAACUACACCGGUGAUUGCUUGCACUUCGGCUUGGCAAAUGAAAAGGCCAUCGCCAAGGGUCACAAAUGCAGAAUGAUCAUCUGCGGGGAUGACGUAUCUGUCGGACGGAAGGGCAGUCUGGUUGGUCGACGAGGUUUGGCCGGUCAACUUGGAGUUCUCAAGGCGAUGGGUGGCGCUGCCGGUGCCGGUGGUUCUCUUGAUGAUGUAUACGACCUUGGUGUUGCCUUUUCCCAGCAAAUCGUCUCUAUCGCGGCUACUCUCGACCACUGCCACGUUCCUGGCCGAGCAGAGCAUGCUAUGCUAGGAGAGAAUGAGCUUGAAGUCGGAACUGGCCCCCAUAACGAGCCUGGUUACCAGAAGCUUUCCCCUGCACCAUCACCACAAGACCUCGUCAAACAGCUAUUGACAUACUUAUUGAAUGAAAAAGACCCCCAGCGGGGUUACGUACAAUUCCAAGAGGGUGAUGAGGCCAUAUUACUUCUCAGCAACUAUGGCGGCAUGUCCCACCUCGAGCAAGGAGCUCUGCUAGAUGAGCUUCUUGAACAGCUAGCGGCUGAUUGGAAGCUCGAACCAGUGCGAAUCAGCUCCGGUUUCAUAGAGACAUCCCUCAAUGCGCCGGCAUUCUCAGUAUCUAUUGUCAAUGUGUCAGCUGCAGCUCGAAACUGCUCAUACCCGGUUGAGCAAAUCAAAUCAUUCUUCGAUGCGAAGACCAACACAUACUGGGAGUCUAUGACUGGUUCUCAAGCCAUCCGACGUAGCAGAAAGGAGCAAUUCGUACAGCCACCACCAGAGCCUCGACCGGCAAUUGAUGAAGCCAAGGACCUCAAAGUCGACCCUACAACUCUAGACAAGAUGUUGCGAAAAGCUUGCAUAGACCUAAUAGCCGCCGAACCCGACCUAACCAAGUGGGAUACGGUAAUGGGUGAUGGCGAUUGUGGUGAGACGCUCAAGACGGGCGCAACCUGCCUCAUUGCCGCAUUAGAUUCCAAGAAAAUUGCUACGCAAGGUUCCGUAAUCGCGGUGCUUCAAGAACUCGAGGAAAUCGUUGAGGGCAAGAUGGGUGGUACUCUAGGCGGUAUCCUCGGCAUUUUUUUCGUUUCCCUGCGAACCGCUCUUCAAGACAACAUUGCUCUUUUGAAGAGUGAAGGACUUCCCCAAUUAUGGGCCAAGGCCGUUCAGACUGCUUUGGAUAACCUGACGCGUUACACACCCGCCAAGGUUGGCGACCGAACUGUCAUGGAUACACUCAUUCCCUUCGCGGAGGGUCUGCGCUCUGGACAAUUUGCGGAUGGUGUUGAAGCGGCGGUCAAAGGAGCUGAAUUGACGAAGACGCUGAAGCCAAGACUGGGCAGAGCCACUUACGUAGGUGCGGACAGCAGCCACGGACUUCCCCCCGAUCCGGGUGCUUGGGGUGCGAUGGUCGCCAUAAAAGGCUUGCAGUCCUCUGCAUAG